UUACAAUCCCAGUAAGUGAAAGAAUAAAGGAGGUGAAUUACAGCUGCACUCCUUUUAAUGACUUUGGUGAUGGACCUACAGAGAUGAUAAAAGUAGCAGUGUUAUAUGCACCAAGCAGCACAAACUUGAUAACUGUUCCACAUAAUACCACUUUGCUACGUGAUAGUAGCAUGUCAGUAAAGUGCAGUACAGAUGCCAACCCUGAAGACCUUGAGUAUCAAUUAUACUUUAAAGGACUCUUUAUUGAUAAAAGCAACUCUGGUUUAUUUAACAUCACUGCGAUAGAGGAUGGAGUGUACACUUGUGUUCCUAUAAACAAAGUUGGCACAGGAGACAAUGCUACAGUCAGCAUCACUGUCGUUGACCCUCCAUCAAUAACAAACCACACAUCAAGAGAGACGGUGAAGGAAGGUGACAACAUCACCUUGUUUUGUGAUGUAUCUGGAGAACCUGAACCUAGCGUAACAUGGACAGAGGUUGGCAGUCCUGAGGUGCUCUCUAAUACAUCAUCUGUCACCAUUGAGAAUGUACGCAGACCUGGGACACCUGAUAACAUGAUCCAGUAUCAGUGUACAGCCAGUAAUGGAGUGGAAACACCUGCUACAGCUAGAGUCAAUGUCACUGUUCACUACUCAGCUCCAUCAGCUUAUCAAGUUAUAGAAGGCACUGGAGCCAUCCUGUUCUGUAAUGCCACUGGUAAUCCACAGCCCAACGUUACAUGGACCAAACAAGGAAACAACAGCAAAUUGUCUACAUCAGCGACUCUUCAUCUGACAAAGCUGAUGAGAGAAGAUGAUGGAUCAGUGUACAAAUGUACAGUGACAAAUGAAGUUGGAUCAGCAGAAGCUACAACAAUGAUCACUGUGUUCUUCCCACCAAAGGCUAUAAUACAUAGGUGCCCUACCAAUGUCACUGAAGAAAACAGUGAGACAUUCAACUGCAGUGCAACUGGUAAUCCCUCACCCGAAGUAGCCUGGAUAAGGUCUGGAGAGGUUGUGGUGGAAGACGGUGCCUAUGUGAUAUCUGCUAUCCAUAGAAGUCAGAAAGGAACAUAUGAGUGUAUGGCAUGGAAUGGAAUUGGCAACAAUUCUACAGCCAAUUGUACAGUUGAUGUUGAGUAUCUGCCAACUUCAACCAACAUUACAACACUACCCAGUAACAAUACAAUACUGCGUGGUGCUGCUUUGUCGCUAAAAUGCACAGCAGAUGCCAACCCUGAUGCUCACAUUUAUCGCUUCUACUUAAAUGACAGUCUUAUUGGUAACAGCAGUUCAGGUGUGUUUAACACCACUGUAAUGACAGAUGGAGUGUACACUUGUGUUCCUGUAAACACAGUUGGCGAAGGGGACAAUGCUACUGUCAAUGUCACUGCUGUUGUUGCUCCACUUGCCGAGGUAACUGCUCAAAAUGACACCAUCAUUGAAGGUGGAAAUGUCACCCUAACCUGUGUUGUCAGUGGUGAUCCUUCUCCCUCUAUACUCUUGACUAAGCUUGGCAAUCCUGAGGUGCUCUCUAAUACAUCAUCCCAUACCGUUGUGAAUGUAAGCAGACCCGGGACACCUGGUAACAUGAUCCAGUAUCAGUGUACAGCCAGUAAUGGAGUGGGGACACCUGCUAGAGACAUAACCAAUGUUACUGUUUAUUAUGCACCUGAUAGACCGACCUUCACAACAGUCCCUAGUAACAGGACAUUACCUCGUGACAGUAUUAUGACUUUAAACUGCAGAACAGAUGCCAGUCCUGAAGCUGAGUAUCAUUUCUAUUUUAAUGGCAAGUCUAUUGGUAACAGCAGUUCAGGUGUCUUUAAUGUCACAGUUGAAGCGGAUGGAGUGUACACUUGUGUUCCUAUCAACACAGUUGGCACAGGAGACAGUGCUACUGUCAACGUCACUGCUGUUGUUGCACCAUCGGUAGAAAUUUCAAAUGAAACAGCUAUUGUUGUCGAAGGAGAGAGCUUGGAGCUGAAAUGUAAUGCAUCUGGAGAGCCUGGUCCUAGCGUGACAUGGACAAAGGUUGGCAGUUUUGAGGUGCUCUCUAAUACAUCAUCACUCACCAUUGUGAAUGUAAGCAGACCUGGGACACCUGAUAACAUGAUCCAGUAUCAGUGUACAGCUAGUAAUGGAGUGGGGACACCUGCCACAGCUACAUCAACCAUCGAUGUUCACUAUGCCGCUUCAGUCAUUUACCCAGCAAAUGUCUCAAUUCCCGUGGUACCUAAGACGUUGGUGAACCUCUCAUGUCUUGCAAUGGGUAAUCCAACGCCAACAGUAAACUGGACAUCUCCAGAUAAUGAUAUACCUUGGAUGUCAAAUCUGACAAAUGUAACAUUUACAGCAGAAUUUGGUAGUUCUGGGUUGUAUCUGUGCACCGUUAAAAACGUGUUAGGGGAGGCUAUCAAGCGAUUCGAACUUGUUGUGACAGGUAAUAGCUUCCUGAUGACGUUAACUGUCACAAACAAGGGCUGUGACGAUAACCCUUCAGUUAUCUGCAAACAGAUGGGUGAAAAGGUCAAAAAAGAGAUCGCAGGACAGCUGGAAAGUGUGACAGUGAAAAACUGCAAGUGUGGCAGCAACGUGACUGCUUAUUUGUCCUUGGAUUUCACUCAAAGGGUAAAGAUCCCCGAGGUUCUCUCUGUUCUGAAAAAGGCAGCAGAAGGCAGCGGUUUUGGUGAAUUCCAAGUUGAUCCGGGAUCCAUACAAGCAAUCUCUGAUGAUCAGCUACCUACUGUUUCCAGCACUAGUACAGUACGAACCCCGACUUCAGAUGGUAAUAAAGGUAAAGUCCUGUGGAUUAUCAUUGGUGCUUCAGUGGGAGGAGUCAUUGUACUUGUUGUAGUCGUGGUAGUGGCAUGGUGUGUGCACCAUAAGAGAAAGUGUAGAAGAAAGGGCAGCAAAGGUGGGUAUCCUUUUCUAAUAAAAGAAUGGAUAGAAGUGGAAUAUGGAAAUUGUAGAAUCUAAAUGCAGUUGUGAUGAAUGAAAAACGGCAAACUGAUUCUCACGGCAAUGAGAAGAGACUUAGAGAGUGAACAAGUAGUUGAAUAAGUUUGCCCAAUAUUGAUAAUACAAAGUAAAAACCCAAAGAAAAAUAAAUGAAAUCAAUACAUUCCUGGAAAACCUGAAUGUUAUGAGAAAGUUUGUUGCUUUUUAAUCCCAUUAUUCGUAUGGUGUUUAAGGGUCAUACGUCAUGUAAUUAUUCGGCCGUUGAUAUUCAUACUUGUAACUUCGAAGUAAACUACAAAGCCCUUGUUUUGUUAACGUGAGUGGGUAAGCGCUAAAUAGAAUAAGUUCUUUUUUUAUCUCAAAUGAUUUGCAUUGGCUCACAAUUACGUAACUUUUUUUCUUUAUAUUCUCCCAAGUACUACUGUACUACUGUAAGGAAUGUGUCGAUACUAGUGCAGAGAGCUUAGACUAAUAAAGAGAAGUAACUUUCAUAAUUGUGAUGUUGGCGUAGGACUGAAAGUAAUAACACACUAGCUACUCUACGGAGGCUAAUGC